AUGGUCCUUUAUGUUAUCUCAUUCAGGAUCGCAGUUUACCGAUAUCCAGGUAUACGGUUUGCUGUACUUUUGGCUCGUGCAAAGGUUAUUCAAACUGCAUUCGCCAUUUUAUAUCUUCCGUACUCUUCAUACCAGUUUUCUAUGGGACACAUCGAUACUGUUUUCUUCUACUCUUCUGCUAUACUAGCUGUUAUAGCGCCGAUCACAUUAGCUGUCUUCAGCAGGCAGGUUUUAUUAUUCGAUAGACUUGUCCGAGUUUUCAUAGAAUAUUUAAACAGACUAGUUGGCGUCAUUUCAAUGAACGAAAGCAACGAUUCUGUUAGAGUGGGAUAUUUGACAUACUUGGACGUCGCCGAUGUUCUUCCAUUGAGUGAGGUUGCUGCUAACAAAAACGAUACUUUGGUUAAGUUUUCGUGGUUUGGAGGAAUUUCGGAGACGAUCACGAUGUAUUUCAGGAGUAGCUUCCUUUAUCUGCCUAUCAAAAACGUUGAAAUCAUAGAUAUAAAAAGGGCGAAAAUCUUAUUCGGUGAUCUCAGCUUUUUUCGACGCCCUUAA